ACACUAAGAAAACAAAAAAAAAUAGCACAGCAAAAUAGACGUGCUGAGCACUGUAAAAAGUCAGUUUUGAUGAAAUUGGGAUAUUGAGUUUGUUGUUUAUUGUGUGCUGGUCGAGCUCCUAGCCUCGACAAAUCUGUAAACCGAUCGGAAGAAGCGACCUUGGAGGCCACCAUUCAACCGGAUUUUACGCAACGCGACACAAAAUCCGCAAAAUUGCACAGGGGCAACAACAAUAAAAAGCAGUUGAGAACAGUGAAAGGGGAAAGGAGAACGGGGAACGGAGAACAGUGAAGAGAGAGCCCGAAAACAGAAAACAGAAACAUCAUGGCGAACAUGGCCGUAUCGCGGAUCAAGAGGGAAUUCAAGGAGGUGAUGCGCAGCGAGGAGAUCGUCCAGUGUUCCAUCAAAAUAGAACUGGUCAACGACAGUUGGACGGAGCUGCGCGGCGAGAUCGCCGGUCCUCCCGACACGCCCUACGAAGGCGGCAAGUUCGUCCUGGAGAUCAAGGUGCCCGAGACAUAUCCCUUCAAUCCGCCAAAGGUCCGCUUCAUAACGCGCAUCUGGCAUCCGAACAUUUCGUCGGUGACGGGCGCCAUUUGCCUGGACAUUUUGAAGGACAACUGGGCCGCGGCGAUGACACUGCGCACUGUGCUGCUGUCCCUGCAGGCGCUCCUGGCCGCCGCCGAGCCGGACGAUCCGCAGGACGCCGUGGUGGCGUACCAGUUCAAGGACAAGUACGAGCUGUUUCUGCUGACCGCCAAGCACUGGACAAAUGCGUAUGCGGGCGGACCGCACACCUUUCCCGAUUGUGAUUCAAAGAUCCAACGUCUCAAGGACAUGGGCAUCGACGAGCACGAGGCGCGCGCCGUGCUGUCCAAGGAGAACUGGAACUUGGAGAAGGCCACGGAGGGCCUGUUCAGUUAGCUUGUCCCAGCCACUUUAUCACCAGUACCAUUCUCGGCGGCGGCUUCACCAACAGCACCAGCAACUUCAGCAUCAAUCUUUCAAACUGGCAAUCACGCUAAAUUCUAGUACACACACAACCAGAAAAUCAUUUUCGUAAAUUAUGUCUACAAAAUCGCAUUGCCUGUAUUUCUAUGAAUUCGAUGUUAUUAUUUUUUUUAUUAAUUUUUAAUGACUAUUUUUGUGCACCUUUUGCCGCUGGAUGGGUCAACGAAAGGUUGAGCCUAAGGCCAUGCCCACGCGCCCCUCAAGCAUGUGUUAUGCAAUCGAACCCAGGGUUCUGUUUCAUUUCCUUACGUGCAGUCGCAUUUAUUUGCAGGCCCCUUCUUAAAUAAUACUGUUUUUCCAUUUCAAUCUUAAUUUAUACAAGAAAAAAAAACAAAAGAAAAUUAAAAAAAAAUUCAAUGUGAAAAUAAGAAGUGUAUAACAAAUCGAAGUCUUUGUAAAUUGCGUUAAGUUAAUAAAUAAAUAAAUAAACAAAUAUUAAGAAAUGCUUAAA